AUGCUGCCGGCGACAUUUGAAAAUGUCGAUGAACUUCGAGUCGCAAAGGCCGUUGUCGUCAUAUUCGCAAUCGCUCUACUUGCAGCAGGCUUCUCCUUCACCGGACUGAUUUGCUUCGCUGUGAAAAACCGGGAAUUCCAGACCGAGUCUAUAUUCUUCCCAGCAUUGGUGUCCUGUAUUAUCGGUCUCCUGACAAUCCUAUAUGAUUUUCUCGUCUUCACGCGGUAUCAUUGGAAUACCGCAGCUUUGAUCACUACCGUUGUAGCAGCUGUUGGCAGUAUUGUAUACGGCUCGCUCCUCUUCUUGACGCAGCGCAAGAUUGGAGGCAGGAGAGGCAGCACAGCCCGGAAGAGCUCACCGCAGCGAGGGGGCACGUCCAUUAGCCUGGUCCCCCUGAACCACAAAGAUAGCGAAACCACCCUGGAUCCCAACUAUUACAACAACUACAACCGAAACAUGUUUCCGGCAGCGCAUACACCAUCACCACACUCAGCUCAAAGCGGUGGCUACGAUCCUCACUCCGUCACCGAGGAGGAGAUGCAACGACAGCAAAUGUUGAUGCUCCUCCUCCAAAAUCAGCCGCCAGCAGCAUCUCCCAAUCCAACGCAGAGCAGCAGCACCUUUCAUAUUGACUGGCAAGGUCGAGAGGAUGAGGAACCGCCAUCACAGGGGUAUUAUGGCCCACAGCGGUCUGCGUUUCCCCAGACUGCCUACCCAGGUCCAGGUGGCGAGGCACGUCCCUGGGAUGGUAUCUUCAGGGCACCUCCUAGAGUAUCAAUGUCAACCCAUGAACGUCCGAGGAGUCAGGAACACCGAGAUGCCAGGCGUCAGGAAAUUGAGAGGGGAUAG